AUGGAACACCAGUCUUACGGGGAAGUGAACCAACUCGGAGGUGUGUUCGUCAAUGGAAGACCGCUUCCCAACGCAAUAAGACUCAGGAUAGUGGAGCUCGCCCAGCUCGGAGUAAGACCGUGUGAUAUCAGCCGACAACUCAGAGUAUCUCAUGGAUGCGUCAGUAAAAUACUAGCCCGAUACAACGAAACGGGGUCGAUCUUACCCGGGGCUAUAGGAGGAAGCAAGCCCCGAGUUACGACCCCCAAUGUUGUUAAACAUAUCAAAGUGUACAAAGACAGAGAUCCUGGUAUUUUCGCCUGGGAAAUUCGAGAUAAACUUCUCGCUGACGGUGUUUGUGAUAAAUAUAACGUGCCUUCUGUCAGUUCCAUUAGCCGGAUAUUACGUAAUAAACUAGGAAGCGGAAGUGGUAAUAGCGGAAGUAGCAGUCCAGGAGCAAGUCCUAAUGAACAAUUUGAUUCGAAAACGAUAUCUACAUCCAUGCAUCCCCCAUCUACACCUAUUUACAAUCAGUUUUAUCCGUAUUCAUGCCCUCCACCAGCAAUGGGCAUGCACGGAUCGUUCCCAACCCCUCAGAUGCCGAGUCAAGGUCACGGUUUAUCAGUCAAUUACAAGCCGCCCGUAUCAAGCUGUGUUUCGCCAUGUAUGAUGCGGGCUUGGCCAUCCUCGCAUUCCGUCACGGACAUUUUAGCAUUUAGUCGACAGCCCAUGCCGGGGCAACCCGCACCCAUGCCGUCUCACGAUAAUAUGGGGACUAUAGGACAGACUUACAACAUGUCCAACUAUUAUGGAAUGAAACCGGGAAUGUCACCGAUGUAUUUACAAAGUUGA